CAGUCUUUUGGAUAGGAGUGAAGCCACUUCCGGCCCUCAUGGCGUCCUCCAUAAUCUCCUUCCGGGUGGUGGAGGCGAGCGCCCCGGAUGUAAUACUGGCGAAAGCAUCUUUCCUUUUCUUCCCCGCCUGACCCUGGGUUCCUAGGUCCCGCUGGAGGAAGGGUUCCGUCAGUCAUGCCAAAGAGGAAAGUGACUUUUCAAGGUGUGGGAGAUGAGGAUGAUGAAGAUGAAAUCAGUGUCGCCAAAAAGAAGCUGGUGGACCCUGUGGCUGGAGCAGGGGGUCCUGGGAGCCGCUUCAAAGGCAAACACUCUUUGGACAGUGACGAGGAGGAUGAUGAUGAGGAGGGGUCCAGCAAGUACGAUAUCCUGGCCUCCGAGGAUGUAGAAGGUCAGGAAGCAGCUACUCUCCCUAGUGAGGGAGGUGUGAGGAUCACACCCUUCAACCUACAGGAAGAGAUGGAGGAAGGCCACUUUGACGCCGACGGCAACUACUUCCUGAACCAGGAUGCGCAGAUCCGAGACAGCUGGUUGGACAACAUUGACUGGGUGAGGAUCAAGGAGCGGCCACCUGACAAGCACCAGGUGUCAGACUCGGAGGAGGAAGACAGCCUGGGUCAGACUCCAAUGAGUGCCCAGGCCCUCCUGGAGGGACUGUUGGAGCUGCUGUUGCCAAGAGAGACAGUAGCCGGAGCUCUUAGACGCCUGGGGGCCCGAGGAGGGGGCAAAGGGGACAGCAAGGGGACCGGGCGGCCCAGCUCCCCACAGCGCCUGGACCGGCUCUCGGGGUUGGCCGAUCAAAUGGUGGCCCGAGGCAACCUCGGCGUAUACCAGGAGACAAGGGAACGGCUGGCCAUGCGACUGAAGGGCUUGGGGUGUCGGACCCAGGGCUCCCACGACCCCACGCCUCCACCCUCCCUGGACAUGUUUGCCGAGGAAGUGACCGAGGGGGAGCUGGAAACCCCAACCCCUGCCCAUAAAGGAGAAGCAGAGUCGGUGGGAGAUGGUCUGAUGGAUGUGAUGUGGGAGUACAAGUGGGAGAAUACGGGGGACGCAGAGCUGUACGGACCGUUCACCAGCGCCCAGAUGCAGACUUGGGUGAGUGAAGGCUACUUCCCCGAUGGUGUCUAUUGCCGGAAGCUGGACCCUCCAGGCGGUCAGUUCUACAAUUCCAAACGCAUUGACUUUGAUCUCUACACAUGAGCCUCCCAAGGGCCCAGCAUGGCAGCCCUCUCUUUCUCGGACUUGCCAGAGGAGGCCCCAGCUGCCCUGGGCAGUGAGGAUCUUGGAAGCUACUUUUCAGCCAGUUUCCCUUUCCCAAUAAAAGCCUGAGUGUGCAUCAGGGCCUGGACUGUGCUGAUAGCCAGAAGCUGGGGCUCUUCACAGCUCCUGUUGGCCUCACCUGGUCCUGAGUGUUUCCUCCCAAGAGACUGCCUCAGGUGCUUCUCUGGUGUCUUGGACCACCUCAGAUGUUUUCCCGCCUUGGCAGUGGUAGGGCCGGUCGGGUGCCCUGUGACUUGUCAUGUUAAGUUCCCUUCACUCUGUUCUCCCGUAUCCCCUGCAAGUCCUUGGUCUGCUGACCUUUGGCCUUUAGGACCUCCGGUUCUCUGGCCUGGCGGCCCCCUUGCUCGUAACUGGAACAUUUGAGGGAGUUUGGGAUCCUAUCGGCAGUGCACAGGAGCCUCUUAAACAUGGGUUCUCCUCUCCCAGUCUGAGUUUUGUGGCCCUUGCAGUAGUUCCCGCAGCUCGUAGGUAAAGUAUGAACUUAGUAGUCCUCCAGAGCCACUUGGGCCACCAUGCACAGAGGGCCAGUGACUUCCUGGAGGUCACAGAGUAAAUUAGGGAGCUGGCCCAGACCCAGUGAGCUGCUUCCCCUGACCUUUCUCGGCAGAAAGCUUUGCUUCCUUGGCCUCUCAGGCCCUGCAGCUUACAUUUUCUGGGCUCCCACAUCUCGGGUGUAGGGCUGGUGCCUUGAGGAAACAUCCCUGGACUCUUGUCCUGCCAGGAAGCGGAGUGCAGUGGAGGGCUGUGGGACAGACAGGGACCUAACAACAGUACUUCACACGCACAUGCACACGCACACGCACACGCACACGCACACCCAGGGUGCUCUGUGCCCACCUCCCCUGUACACGAGAGGUACCCUGAGAGCUACAGACUAGCAGGACCAGGCUAGGAACUUGGAGAAUAGGGGCUUUGGCUUGGUUGGGGCUGCUUGAUGCAGAGACCUCCGACUUCUGUAACAAUUAGGCCCUGUGUACUGCCAGCCUAGACCACAGUGUCUUUGACUUCGAGAAGCCCAUUAGUGGUGAGCCAUCUCUUAAUGUUAGUGUAAGGUGUUACUGGUUAAAGGAUGGACUUGCUUUCCGGAUAGUAGAAGGGAAAAGCUGGUGUCUAGGGAUGGGUGAAAUCCUGCCGUGUCCGUAGCCCGAGUGAGUUCACAAGUGUUGGGUGAGAUGGACACCAAGUGCUUUCCCUAGGUGUCCUCCAGGUUCCUCAGAUUUGACCGGUCUGAGCUGAUUUCUUCCCCUUAACUGCUUUCUGAGUGCAUUCGCUGUUGACAUCCAUGAGGGGGCAGAAUAUCAAUCCCUAAGAUACCCACUCCUGACCCCAGACCCUGUGAAUAUCACGUUACGCUUUAUGUGGCAGAGGGAAGGGGGCUGUGCAGGUUUGGUGAAGUUGAUUUUUUUUUCCUUAAAUUUUUUGAGGUGGGGGUCUCACUGUGUAGCCCUGGCUGACCUGGAACUCACAAGAGAUCUACCUGCCUCCACCUACUAAGUGUUGAGAUUAAAGGUGUGAGCCACAUGCUGAACAAAAUUGAGAAUCCUUGAAACCAGGAGAUUACCUUUGAUUAUUGGGUUGGGACCAUUGUAGUCACUGGGUCCUUAUGCUGGAAAAGGAACUGAGAGACUCCCAGCAAAAGAGCAGAGGACUAUGUCUGAAGGAUGGAAGAGAGGAGUGUGUGUCAGGGUGGAGAAACGGAAAAUACAGAAGAUGGGUUCUUCUCAGGCGAGUGCAGUGCAGCAGUGAUAAACCAACUUUGGACUUGUAACCUCCAGAAUUGUAAGAUAAUAAAUCUGUGGUAAGCCA